UCAAUAGCCUGCCGGACAUCGUUAUUAUUAUUAUUGUUAUUGUUAUUAUUAUUAUUAGUAUUAUUAUAAGAAGAAGAAGAAACUGAAAUAGACAUCUGGAAAUUAUUGAAUCCAUAUGAAGGCAGUAAUGCAACAUUACGGAUUCCAACUGCUGUUCUUGGACUGUGAAACACCGAGGACAUACAGACAAGCACGACGCUGAGCUUGAAAUGUGGUGGUAAGGGAGAGGUUAAGUCUAAAGGAGGCAGUUUUGUUAUUCUGACCAACGAGCUCAUCCACAAUGCAGGAGACUAAGCAGAUGGAAAACUCUCUCCCCUACCUCAAAUGGCAGCUUGACCAAGUAAAGUAUCAGUAUGAGUACAGUACAGAGGUCUGGGGAGAUCGAGUCUCUGCUCAGGUCAAGACUAUUAAGUGUAAAGACGAAAAGAUUAAGACUCUGCUGAAAGAGGUGACCGAACUCAAGUCAAGCGAGGAGGGAUUGAGUGAGAAAUUAAAUGAAAGCAAGCAGGAAAUUCAAAGACUUGUACGGAAAGUAGCUGCUUGGGAGAGAAACGUUCUCAGACAAAUGGAGGAUAACAAGGGCUUCAAACAAGAGUUGGAUGACACCCGUGUACAGAAUAAAGCAAUGUUAACAGAAAACGAAAAGCUCAAACAUCUGGUCGAAAGCCUUGAAGUCGAUGUGGAUAAAUUGAAAAUUGAGGUUUCCAAGACACACAAGUCCUACAUUGACAUAAAAACUAAGAGGGAAACUGAAGUGUCAUAUGUCAAAGAAGAGAACACUAUGCUGAAGGAGGCAAUAAAGAAGACUGAAAUUUUAAAUAAGAACCUACAGCAAGAAAUGCUCAAGAAACAGAAAAGUGUCCAGAAAGAUAAAGGUGUGUGCACCACACUUGUGGAAAAAAACCUUUCCCUGCAAAAAAACAUUGAGGACCAGGUGAAGAUGAUUAAAAGUAUAAAAAAGGACUAUAACAAGUUGUCGGAACAAUACCUCUCUGUUGUAGAAAAGAACACAACUUUCCAAAACAAAAGUAAGGAGAAUGUCCAUUUAAAACAAACGGUGAGAAACCUGCAAGAUCAAGUGCGCAUCAAAACAGAGAAUAUGAAUAUCCUACGUGUGCAAAUUAAAGAACUGCAAAAUAAAGUUGCACGUUUGGAGAAUGACAAACAGAACGAGUGCAAAAUUAACAAAGUAAACGCUGAAUUUAAGGGCAAAAAUUUAAAACUGACGCGAGACGUUGAAAGCCUCAACACUAGAUUGAGGGUGAGUGAGCAACAUCGUAUCAAGCAGAAGGAUGAGAUCAGAAAGCAGGACAUGCACAUAAGGCGUUUUGUGUCGGAUAUGGAGUCCUGCAUGGUUGUUAUUGAAGAUCCCAGGAAAUUAAGAAGCACAGUGAUGAAGCUAAAGUCAAACUGCGCCGACAAUCGUAAGAAAGUACAGCCCAGUGACAACGAGAACACCUCUUUGAAGAAGGUCCAUCACAAUGAAGUCAUCCUGCAGAGUACCCGCGAGUGUGUGGAGCAGAGGCUGGAGAACCAGGCUCUUCAAUUCAAUCGGGAGAUGAGCAAUUUAAACAGAAAGGUCAACGAGCAGAACGAGGAGAUCGCCGACUUGAAAAUCCGACUCCAAAAUGCAACCAAGCCCACGCACAUAAGCAACGAGAUAAGGAAUACGGUCAUUCAAAAUCCACGCAAUUACCCCGCGGAAGCACAGAAAACUAUGCACACCUGCCAGAGUGACGCGACGUCAUCGUCCAAGCAGCCAACUCAUGAGGAGUACUGGGAGCUGUACAGAGACAACGACUUUUUACGUGGCGUCAACCACAAUCUACUGCAGGAGAAUAAUUAUAUCAAGGAGAAUGAAAGGCUGAAACAUGAGAUCUGUGAUCUGAAGAAAGCAAUCCAGUCUAUUACCAAAUCCAAAGGCCUGAACACCGCUAUUGAUGAAGCGAUAUCGUCGAAGCAGCCAACAAAGGAGUUCUGGGACAGAGACAAUGACUUUUUACGUGGCAUCAGCCAGAACAUACUGCAGGACAAGAGUGAAUACAUAAAGGAAAAUGAAAGGCUGAGACAUGAGUUCUCACACCUGAAAGAGGCAACCCAGUCCUUCAACAAACCCAGAAGUGUGACCACUGUGAUUGACGACACGCCGUCCACCAAGAACGGAUCACAGAAGUACUAUGAGUUGUACAAAAAAUACAAGUCUUUAUGUAGCAUCAAUCAAAAUUUACUGCAGGAGAAGAAUAAUUACAUCAAUCUGGAGGAGAAAAAGACUUUGGAGAAUGAAAGGCUGAAACAUGAGAUUGCAAUUUUGAAAGAGGCAAUCCAGUCCUUUAAAGGGGCUACAUGUAAAAUAUGUAAAACUCGCAUUAGCAUCUAAAAAAAGUAUACUGCAAUCCUCAUUGUCUACUGCUUUAUCCUCCUCCACGUGAGGUCACCGGGUGCUGGAGCUAGUCCCAGCUGACAGGGCAAAAGUCGGGGUACACUCUGGACAGGUCGCCAGUCCAUCGCAGAGAUGAACAACCAUUCACAGCCAUAGAGUUUCCAAUCAACCCAAACACUGCAGGUGCUGGUUGGCAGGAGGUUAUUGACAAAGAAACAAUGGCCCACACUUAUAUGACUUGGAGUCGAUAUAUUUUUAGAUUAUAUUAUGGAGUUCAUAUAUUCAGAAUCAAUAAAAAAAAUCUAAACAAUGUUGAUUGUUGGAGCCACAAUAUAUCUUUUAUUUUCCUGAUUUAUUCUCAAAGCUGCUAUACACUACAAUCGCCCAUUCACCAUUCGGUUUUUCUAUCACACUUCUUCUGUCAUACUUGUUCAGCUAUACUCAAGUUGUCAGGAGCAACUUGGGGUUAAAUGUCUCGCCUAUCUUCGACACAUUGGCGUGCAGCCUAGUGCACAGGUAAUCAAACCACGCCCUGGCGGUUGGUAGCGAUUCAGGGUUCUUUGUCGCAGUUAUUCCCAUCCUCUCGUCUCCUCAGGCUCUUCGUUCUUUCGUCCUCUCAAAGCUGUGAUUAAGAACUUUGGAGCUGUGUUGGGGAUGUCAUGUUUGUGGCAUUGAGACGAGUCGUCGCCUUGCCAUUCAUGCAACUGGUCUAUAUGCAGCGACAGAAAGCGACAGAAAUUUGUUGGAGGAAGAAUGACUUUGAUCUGCAAUGGGAGACUUAGAACUUCUGAGGAACCACCAUGAGGAAAUGUGCAAUGAACUUGGAUCUGUGGAGGGGGCAGCAUUGCACCUCCUAGUGUAUCGGAGGAAGAAUGAGAAGAAAAGCAAGUGGUAAACAACAACAACAUUUGUUUAUUGAACUGGCUGACACAGGGCUUUCAUGUUUUCAAUAGUGAGAAAAAUCUCCUUGCCAUUCAGGCGGCAUUUCGUCAUGCAACUGGUGUUUAUGCAAACAUAUGGUGACAGAAACCUUUUUAAAAGAAUGACUUUGAUCUGCGAUGGGGGGCUUUGAACUUCUGUGCCUGAAGAAUUUAUUAGAAAAACUGUGAUUAAGAGCUUCGGAUUGUAUAAGGCAGCAUAACACCUCUCAGUGCAGUGUCCAACCUGCUGGAAAAGGAUUUCAUAAAGAAGAAGAGCAGCAUCCUGGAUGAAAGCUGCCAUUAAACCCCAUAGAAGAGCAGUAUAAAGACCAAGAACAUGAGGAAGAUUCUAAAAGUGGGAAAGAGGAUAAAGGAGAAUCAAGAGGGAAGAAGAAUCUAGAAGAGGGCAAUGCGACAUUAAUUCAACAUUACAGAUGCCAAAGCAACUAUUCCAUCGAGUCUGGAAUGUGAAAAAAAGGGGAAAGGUAAAAAAGAGGGAACUACUCAGACAUUACGAAUGCCAACUGCCAUAAAACACCACAGAAGAAUUUAAUUCUAUUGUUUAAACAAGGAGAGUGGUCCAAUCUAUGGUCCACAAUGCAGAAUAAGAAGAUGGAAAACUCUCUUCCCUACCUCAAGUGGCAGCUUGACCAAGUAAGGUAUCAGUAUGAGUACAGCACCGAGGUCUGGGGAAAUAAAGUUUCUGCUCUGCGAAAAAUUAUAAAGAGUAAAGACGAGAAGAUUAAGGCUCUGCAGAGAGAGGUGAAACAAAGCAAUACAAGGGAGGAUGUACUCAGAGAGGAACUGCACGAAAACAAACAGGAAAUUCAAAGACUUGUUCGGAAAGUCGAUGCUUGGGAGAGAAACGUUCUUAGACAAAUGGAGGAGAACAAGGCCACAAAACAACAGUUACAGAACGCCUGUGACCAGCACAAAGUGGAGUUAACCGAAAAGGAAAAACUCAAACUUUUGGUUGAUGGCCUUGAAAAAGAUGUGGAAAAAUGGAGAACAAAAGCAUCCGCAACACAGAAAUCUUACACUGAGAUGAAAGAAAAGAAGGAAAUUGAAGUGGCAAACCUUAAAGAACAGAACAGUAUGCUGGGGGAGAUGCUUAAGGAGACUGACCUCGAGAAUGAGAAGUUCAAGCAAGAAAUGAUCAAGGCCGAAAAAGAGCUACAGAAGAAAAAGGCUGUUGUCGCCUCGCUUCUGGAAAAAAACAUUGGCCGGCAAAAAAACAUUAAUGAUAAGGCUGAGAAAAUCAAAGUUUUACAAAAGGACUUGGCCACGCUGACUGACCUACAUCACGCUCUGGUAGAGAAAAACAUAGUUUUCGAAAACAAAAAUAUGAAAUAUACUCAUUUACAACAAGCAGUGAGAAACCUGCAAGGUCAAGUGCACACCAAAAUGGAGACCAUUAUUAUUCUACGUGUGCAAGUCAAAGAACUGCAGAAGAAGAUCGCACUUUUCGAGAAUGAAAAGCAGGACAAGUUCAAAGUGGAGCAAGCAAAUGUUGAACUCAAGGGUGACAACGACGAGCUGAACAGAGACAUUGAAAGCCUCGGCACUAGAUUGCAGGUUAGUGAGCAACAAUAUAACAAACAGAGGGUUGAGAUGAGAAGGCUGGAGAAGCAACUGAGACGCAUCAUGUUUGAUGUCGAGUCCUGCAUGGUUGAUAUCGAAGAUCCCAGGAAAUUAAGAAAAGCAGUGAUGAAGCUGAAGACAAACUGCAGUGUCAGUUAUAACAAAGUACAACAGGACGAAAGUGCUGUCUUGAUUCAGAAGGUUCAUCAAAAUGAAUUGAUUAUUCAGAACUUCCGCAGAGCCAAAGAACGUGUGGAGCAGAGGCUGGAGUUCCAGGCAAUAAAAUUCAACAAGGAGAUAAGCAACUUAUUCAAAAUAGUCAACAAACAGAACAAUGAAAUAACUGACCUGAAAAACAAACUCCAAAAAGCAGCCUUGCAUAAGCACAUUGGUUGCGGGAUAAGGAAGAUGUAGGGAUGGGUGUUCUAUACUUUUAGAGGUAUUUGACUGAAUUUCUUCAGCAGUGUUAAGCACCACGGUGCCAAAGUUUGGUAACAGAAGCCACAACUUGAGAGUCACAUGAAGAAAGUCCUGUGACCUCAGAGCGUGAUGAUGUCAGAGCCAGGUGUGGACAAUGGACAAAAACAGCCGUGUGCCAAAGCACCUCCAACCUGGGGAAAUAGUCGACGCAACGCCAAAUAGAUCUGGAGGCUUAAGUGUGCAGCAUGUUCCAGAGCCUGAAAGAAAAGUGCCAGUAGAAGAGAGUAGAAGAUGAAUCAUCCUCAACUUGUUCAACAUAUUCAGGUGUAACUGCUCUCGGGUCACAGUGGGAGCAGCCCGGCAUACAACCUUCACCCUGCCUGGCAAAGAACAUGUCGCCACCUGGCUGAGGAGCUAGCAAUGUCAAUGUCGCAAGUUAGGGACUGCUUUGGUAUGAGCUGGUGACAAAGUACGAUACACUGGAGGUUGCAGGAGGAGCAGGAGGGUUAUUAAUACACACUGCUACCAAAGAUAGAUUCCCAGAAGAAUCCACAGUCUUCUCACCAGUAGAGACAAGUUGGAUUGGUGCAUCUACACAAAUACCUUUGGACAACAGAUUGAGCUUCGAUAUUCAUGUGGCCACUGUGUGCAAAUGCUCAUCAGCACAUGUAUCGUAGACAUCAGAGUUCUAACCUUCUCCGUGGAGGAAAAGAGGAAGACUACAGAGAGGUUUCAUGAUGGAGGCAGAUCAUUUGCUGUGGUGACCCCUAAAGGGAGAAGCCAAAAGAAGAGGAAGUCACUUUUAUGAAAAUGUGUUUCAACAAGUAAUUUGCUGUCAGCCUUUUAAAUUACAUACAGCAUGUUGCUGUAUUUUUUAUUGUUUUGUAUUGAUCUCAAUGUGUUGUUGACUAAACCCAAACCCUUGGGAUUAAUAAAGACAUGUUGAACCUUGAA